AUAUGAUCCCCUAUAAAACUAAUAGUAAAAGAUUACUACUAGGCAUAAAUAAUCUUUUGAGUAUGAACCAUACAUUAAAUAAAAGCUAAGUAUAUUAUUUUCAAGGCUAUUAAUAGCACAAAACCAUAAUAGUUUUCAGUUUCACGAUCAGUAUCGUCUUAGCCACUCCUCUGAAGCUCUGUUUCCAUUCAAGAUAAUUUCACAAUGGACAGCCGAUGCGUUGCUGAAGUUUCCGCAAAAGACUUUUUGAAAAGAAGAACCCAAUUGAAUUGUUUCAAGCUCAUACGAGAUGAGUACUACAGCAUUGUGACUCGGCCGAUCGAUAGAACAAUCACCAGCUUCAUGAAGCCCGAGAAUGAACCAAAAAACCGAUACUUGGACAUUCCGUGCUGGGAGCAUUCACGCGUCGUGCUAGAUACUAAAGGAAGAUCGGAUUACAUCCACGCGAAUUGGAUCGAUGGCUUUGAAGAGCCGAAGAAGUUCAUCGCCACUCAAGAUCCCUUGGCGAACACCACUGCAGACUUCUGGAGGCUCGUGUGGCAGCAGAAUUGUUAUGUGAUCGUGAUGUUAACUCCAACUAAAGUUAGCAGUGGAGAAAAAUGUUAUCAGUAUUGGUGCCCCAGAGAAAAUGGGUCACUGGACAUGGACGAAUUCCGCAUCAAAACUCUUAAAGUCACAGCUCGGGCUGAUUACGUCCGGACACUGAUCGAAAUCACGAAUAAAUCCUUGAAGACAUCGAGGAAACUAAGUCACUUUCAGUGCAGGAAUUGGUUUGAAUACAACACUUCCUCCGACUUGCAGUGGUUUGUGCAGUUCAUCAACAUGAUCGAUAGAGUACGUCGAGUCUACAUGGGCCUAUUUGAACCAAAGGAUGCGUUGCUCUGCCCGGUGGUGGUACACUGCAGCGCUGGCAUCGGCAGAACUGGAACCUUCUGCGCAGUGGACAUCUGCUUGAACCAACUCGUGAAAACCGCCAAAAUUUGUGUACCCAAAGUGGUUUUUAAUGUACGCGAGCACCGUUAUGCUGGUGUUAUGAGUUUCAAGCAGUACUCGUUCAUUUAUGAAGUGCUACAUUACUUUUUAAGUGUGCAAAAAAAUGUUGAUAAGCCAUCCUUUAUCGGGUAACUGAAUGGUGGUUAACAAAAUUAUUUUUCGUGUCAACCAAAAAUUCCUUUUCUACUCUCCUCUUUAACACUUGUCGAUAAAUGACAAAUUCAGCAUGUGGCUUUCAAUCACACUUACUUAUUACCUUAUUAAUGUUUCACAUGGUUCUAAAAGUGGUUCAAUGUUUAAGAUAUCCU